CUACAUGAUACACGCUGAGAUGCCAGUUGCCUAGUGACGAAAAACUAUCGCCUGCCUCUGAUUUCCUGCGUUUUCAAAAUCUCAUCGCUGGUACUGAGCUAGCGCCAAGUUUUCCAGCCAGAUUUGAGAUGUUUAUAUCGGCUUAAUAACUCGAAUAUGCGACAAAAGAACGCGGGCGCUCCCGUUUGGAAUGUUGUGUAAGCGCUGUGCACUCUCUGGUCGCUUUAUGGAGAUUUUCGAAGAAUUAUGAAUAAUUACAUUUUCAUCAGGGUUGUCGGGAAAGGGAGCUAUGGUGAGGUGAACUUGGUGAAGCACAAAACAGACCGAAAACAGUAUGUAAUAAAGAAACUGAAUUUAACCACCUCCACCAAACGGGAGCGACGUGCUGCAGAGCAGGAGGCGCAGCUCCUGUCUGAGUUGCGGCAUCCUAAUAUUGUGACCUACAGGGAGUCUUGGGAGGGAGAUGACUACCAGCUGUAUAUUGUGAUGGGUUUCUGUGAAGGCGGUGACCUUUAUCACAGACUUAAACAGCAAAAGGGAGAACUCUUACCUGAGAGACAGGUGGUGGAAUGGUUUGUCCAGAUAGCCAUGGCACUCCAGUACCUGCAUGAGAGGAACAUUCUUCACCGAGACCUGAAAACACAAAACAUCUUCCUGACAAAGACAAACAUCAUAAAAGUUGGGGAUCUUGGAAUUGCACGAGUAUUGGAAAACCAGAACGAUAUGGCCAGCACACUCAUAGGGACCCCCUACUACAUGAGUCCAGAGCUUUUUUCGAAUAAACCCUAUAAUCACAAGUCAGAUGUAUGGGCCCUGGGUUGCUGUGUAUAUGAAAUAUCCACACUGAAACAUGCCUUCAAUGCAAAGGACAUGAAUUCACUUGUAUAUCGCAUUGUAGAAGGAAAGCUGCCACAGAUGCCAAGUAAAUAUGAUCCCCAACUGGGAGACCUGAUCAAGAGUAUGCUCUGUAAAAGACCCGAAGACAGGCCUGAUGUUAAACGCAUCUUGCGGCAACCCUACAUCAAACGACAAAUUGCAAUGUUUCUUGAAGCCACAAAAGAAAAAACUGCAAAAUCAAGAAAGAAAACUGUGGAUGGCAGUGGUGACUGUAAGACCAGCAGUGCAUCAUCUGUGGCGUCACGGCAGCCAAAAUAUGAAAGACUGCCUUCAAGUCCCCAACCAGAACCAAUUCCCAGGAUGAAAUGGCAAGAAGAAAAAUUACAACAGCACCGAAGUCGAAAUGGUGUCUCUGACCACACUCCAACCCCGACACCUACACCUCUACUUCCACCUCUUAAACCCUCUUCAUCUGAUGCUCUCAAAGCCAGCAACGCAUCCCUGGCAACCCUCAGCAACAUUAAUAUUGAUAUCCCAGUGCAGAAGGAUGAGGACCUGUGCAGGCAGGUGCAGGGGCCCCAGUCAGUUAUGUCACAACAACGGGCAAGCAAUGAAGCAGCGCACAAAGAAGGCAAAGAAAGAGGGAAACAAGAUCCUUCUCCCCCUCUUUCUCCUGUUUGGCCCCCACUGAAGCCUGUAUCAUGUGUUGGCAGUAGGGGAGGAGAUGAGUGGAAGGCAUCCAAUGGAUUGUUAGACGUUCAUUCAAAGGCUGCACCACACCCUGGGGAUGCAGUCUUUUUCAUAGGGGACAAACAGAUGUCAGAUGUAGAUGAAAAGGAUGAUACUAUGGAGUUACUAAGAGAGGCUGGCAUUCACAAUCCAAACCUAGUGGUCGAGAAGGAGGGUGUUUUUUCUAUCAGUGUCCUUGAGAAGAGAUCUGGGCACAAACCCCAUACAGAAAACAUUACAGAGGUUUUGGAAACCGAUAUGGACAAUAAAAAUGACACUGUGACCCUUCCCAAGGGAACUCCAACACAACAUCAUCCCUCAGACAUCCAAGAAAGCCUAGAUUCUACUGAAAAGCUGUUAGAACCGUUACCUCCAGUACUGGUGGCUGCCCAUAGACCUCUACCAGCUCCUCCUGUUGAAAACAUUACAGUGCAAGAGAAAAAGAGAAGCAAGAGGACCACAGAGAGCAAAAAAACUAGUGUGACAGCACCAACAUCUACGUCAGUUAGUGCCUCUAAGGAUAGUUUCCUACCUCUACCGCAGGAUCGUCCGCUGUCUGCCAGAGAGAGAAGACGACUGAGGCAGUCUCAAGAGAGUGUCUGUCAGUCAGGUAUAAAUGCUGUAAGAAGGUCAUCGUAUGAUAUCACAUCCACCAAGGCCAAGCCCCACAACACCCCAGUCAGCCGAUCAGUUUCUGACUCCAGUGAAAUCAGCAGUAAGCAAGAGAGAAUUCCAGAACGAAGGUCUGAUGAAGAUGAGUGUAGUUCAUCGACAAGUUCAACUGAGCGCUCAGAGGUUGACUGCAGAGAAAGGAGAGCUGAAUCCAAUGACAUACGGGAUUUAGUCCAUAUGAUGACACAGACUUUAAGGAUGGAUGGUGGAAACGGAGUGUGUGAUGUGGACAGACGUUCAACUGCACUGCCAGAAUUUAAACUCAACAGAAAGUACAGGGACACCCUGGUGCUUCAUGGGAAGGCUAGAGAGCAAGCAGAGGACUGGUCACUUGGUGAAAUACCUCAAGAAGGAACAUCUGGUCCAGCCAAAAUCCGCAGGGCCAUAGAACACCUGAGAACAGAUGUGGUGAAGGGUCUGGGAGUCAAGUUGCUGGACAGAGUCCUAGAAGUCAUGGAGGAGGAAGAUGACGCUAAACGAGAACUGUGCCUUCGUGAACAGAUGGGAGAUGAGAAAUACGAAGCUUAUGCUGUGAUGGUGAGGCAGCUGAAAUUCUUUGAGGACAAUGCCUUCAAAGUUUAGGUGGAAGAAAAGACUCUAUACUCAAUGACUUUCCAUGACACCACUUGUAGAGACUGUCUCCAGAAAAAUCAACAAACAUGUUGGAUCAAGACGUUCAGAUCAGAUGACAUUUUGGGACUAUUUGCUUGUUAGGCAGUACCAUUUUCUAUGCUGUUCUUUACAUGCAAAUACACAUUUUCAGAUUUUGUCAUAGAAAUGGCACAGCAAAUCUGAUUUUUUUUAAAGUGUGCCACUGUAAAUAACUAUGUAUUUUUUAAAAACCUUGUUUCAAUAACAUUAUUAAUCCUGUAAUCGUAGGAUAUCUAUGCAAAGCUUUUCAGUGAUGUUGAAAUGUUCACCUGUUCGCUGCUGUAGAGUACUCUGGUUUAUUUAAUAUUAUAUGAUAGAAUUUUAAUUUGUUUUUCCACUGCUGUUUGAAAACAUUUCAUAUGUAGACAUGUAUUUCUUCAUUUAAUGUAGAUACAUGGCAGAAUUAUCUCUAAUAAAUACUGAUCAUUCUU